GAAAAACAAACAAUAACAUUUCAGUGAAAAUUUAUAUUAAAAGCAAAAUAAAUUUCUGGAACAUGCGUAAUGCGUCACUUCCUCUUAUAAGAAACAUAAGAAAACAGGAAGUUGGCAGCAUGGAGGGCUCCAAGUCAUCCAGCACCACCAUGCAGGUGAGCUUUGUGUGUCAACGCUGCAACCAGCCUCUCAAACUCGACACCAGCUUCAAUGUCCUGGACCGACUCACCAUCCAGGAGCUCAUUGCUCCACUGGUCACCGUGACACCGAGCAAGCAAACAGAAAGCGGUGACAGUCCACCUGAGGAGACGUUUGUGGAGAGCAAGCAGGAUGGCAUCUCGCGGAAGUACAUCCCUCCUGCCAGGAUGAUGUCCACAGAAAGCGCAAACAGCUUCACGCUAAUCGGCGAGGCCUCAGACGGGGGGACCAUGGAGAACCUGAGCCGCAGGUUAAAGGUAACGAGCGAUCUGUUCGACAUCAUGUCAGGGCAGAGUGACGUCGAUCACCCGCUGUGUGAGGAGUGUACAGACACACUGCUCGAUCAUCUGGACACACAGCUACACAUCACCGAGAACGAGUGUCAGAACUACAAGAAGUGUCUGGAGCUGCUGUCGCAGCUGCAGGAGGAAGACGAGGACACGCUGCUGAAGGAGUUGCAGCAGCUCAGGCAGGAGGAGGAGACUCUUAUCCAGGAGCUGGAGGCCAUCGAACAGCAGCGGGAAUCCGUCGCCAUGGAGAUUACAGACGCACGACGCCAUGCCCAGCAGCUGGACACAGAGGAGCUGCAGUACCAGAAGGAGUACUGCGAGUUUAAACGGCAGCAGCUGGAGCUGGACGAUGAACUGAAGAGUGUCGAUAAUCAGAUGCGCUACUGCCAGGCUCAACUGGACCGCCUGAAGAAAACCAACGUCUUUAACGCCACCUUUCACAUCUGGCACAGUGGACAGUUUGGGACAAUAAAUAAUUUCCGUCUGGGUCGAUUACCCAGCGUUCCUGUAGAGUGGAACGAGAUUAACGCGGCCUGGGGUCAGACUGUGCUGCUGCUGCACGCUCUCGCUAACAAGAUGGGUCUGCGCUUCCAGAGAUAUCGACUUGUUCCAUACGGAAACCACUCGUACCUGGAGUCCCUUACAGACAAGUCCAAGGAGCUGCCGCUGUAUUGCUCGGGUGGACUGCGCUUCUUCUGGGAUAACAAGUUUGAUCAUGCCAUGGUGGCGUUUUUAGACUGUGUGCAGCAGUUUAAAGAGGAAGUAGAGAAAGGAGACACAGGAUUCUGUCUACCGUACAGAAUGGACGUGGACAAGGGGAAGAUCGAGGACACGGGUGGAAGCGGAGGAUCGUACUCCAUUAAAACCCAGUUUAACUCCGAGGAGCAGUGGACCAAAGCACUCAAGUUUAUGCUCACCAACCUGAAAUGGGGCCUGGCCUGGGUUUCGUCUCAAUUCUACAACCGCUAAAAGAGAGAGAGACCGAAAUCCAGGCUCACUAGAUCUCCCUGAACCCUGCUGUGUAAAGGUUUUGGUGAAACGGCAAAAGGACUCUCUCUAUACCUGCUGGCUUUUACUUAUUUGUUCACUAAACUUGCUUAACUGUGACUACUUUAAUAAAACGUUUUAUGGAAACAUUUCCCUAAACAAAACUGGGAGGAGGACGGAUAGUCGCGCUCACUACACCAUGUAAAUCCAAAAGGUUAUCCAGAUUAUCCAUAAAACGUAUCCAGCACUGAGGUUUCGAAUGGGUCGUCUCCCGAUUCUACAUCUGCUAAUCACACCUUAUAGACUCCUGUGAGAUUGAAUAGCUUUGAACAGCUCCAAGUGCUUCAGGAAUAUGAAAAGCUUUUGGAAGCAUGCUUGGUGUUUCGUCAGUGCGAACUUGCACAUGGGCCUGGACCCAGAUCUCCAGCGUCCGGCACACUCACUAAUCUCACUUCAAGUCAAAACCUUGUACUUUCAGAUAAAAUAAAAUUAACACAGUAUGUUACACAUCAGUUAGCACGCAUACUUACCACUGUGUGUAUUAUUUACUAACUUUAUGUAAAUGUUCUGGACCUGAUGAUCUGCUCGUUGAUGAUCUUGACGUCUGAUACUCACACGUUUAUGACAGUUAUAAUUAACACCAUUAACACUAUGCUCACAACGUGCCUCGUUUACUGAUCUUUCGUGAAGGGUGCGUAUAAAUGAUUUCGGGGCUAAAAUCCGAACUAAAAAUUCCCAUCAGAUUCAGAAAAGUUGCUAAGUCACGUCUGAACGUUGCUAACUACAGAGGCGCAUUCACAUAACAUUUACAUUUAACCACGCCCACAAAACACCAUAAAAGGCAUAGAGAGCUGAAAUGGCAACUAAACAGUAAACAAGCGUCUUCUAAACAUGGAACACGCUAAAUCUUCUCGUCGUACACAAACUCAUAGGAUAUAAUCACUUUCAUCAGCUCCACAUUUCUCGUGAACACGUCGGCAAAGGAUCUACAUCUAAAUUUGUAUCCAGUUUGAUAAAUGAGGCAUAAGUGAAGUUGAAGCACAAACUGUAAUGAUUCUGCUAAUGAACUCAAGCAGCUAUAUUCAAAAUACAGGAGCAAAAUCCCUAAGAAUGUAUUCAAUGUGAUUGUUGUGUUGUUUCUAACCUGGACAUGAAGACACAGCUGUUGUUAUAUAGUAUUGUACAGAAAAAACAUGCAAUAAAGUGAUUAGUGUACACCAAAAAGCCCU